UCGCCGGAAUGACCGGCAGGCACAGGUGUCCCGAAGGGAGAAAUUUCACGCUCCCGGCCAGCAGCUGUGCCACUUGCGCCUUGUCGCGCGUCGGUGAAGCCGCUACCCGCUUGGCCCAGCUUUAGGCAAGUCUCUUUUAGGGACCCGCGGGAGAAAAAACACCUCCUCGUGGACUGGGAAAACCUGCUGCGUCGGCUGUUCGCGUGCCCACUGGCUCAGCCUGUAGCUUGGAUGUCUCCAGUCUGCCAAAUCCACUCUCCGGGUUUUGGCGACAGCUCCAAAGGGGAGCGAGGUGGAAACUGACCGAACAGGACCCUCCUCCCCUAGCCCGGCAUCCCAGAGGUCCGGGGACCCGCAGCCAAGCAAGGGCAGCACGGUCAGGUGGCGCUAUUUCUCCGUCUGCCCGCCCGCCACGCCGGAACCUCUGUGGGCUAGGUCGGCUUGUUGGGACAAGGAGAGGUGGGCGCACGAUUAGUGCAGGUGUCUGGGUUGCCAGUGGAGUCCCUUUGUCCUUGGUUACCGCUCCCCGGGGUCCCUUCUGGAACUGAGCAUUCGGAGACCUCUCUUUGUGAGGAGGGAGCUGAACGCAGCUUCUCCGAGGGAAGCCACAUUCCCUAGAGGUGGCGCUGGGGAGGUAACAAUGGGAGCUCAUUGUCCUCCGUGAGCCCGGAGACCCAGACGCCGGGGAUCCUCGCCAGUCCGCCCGCCCAGAGGCGCGGCGCAGGUACUGAUUUCGGGUGGGUUCGCUCGGCCUCCCGCUCCCUCCGCCCCGCCCCGCCCCGGUCCGCCCCUGGAGCAGCAGCCCCGCCCCGCCCCGCCCUUCGCAGGUUCAGUCCGGGAGUCCGGCCGACGCGCACACAGUCCUGCUCGCACCUUCACUCCGGGCGGCAUCUGCAGCGGGCAGUGCCGUGGCCGGGUCCGACAGGCGGGCGAUCCUGGAAACCAGCGACUUCGGGCGCCUUCACGCUGUGUGGGAGCAGAUAAUGCUGUGAGGAGACACCGCGCCAGCCCAGCAGCGGGUAACAGACUAGGACUGCGUGCGCCCUUGUAGGCGUUGCUGCCUGGCGCCGGGUCCCAGGGCAGCGGCUGAGAUCCUUGGGGGCUGCUGGUUUCUCCAGGUCGUGGCAGGGGCUGGCUGUAGUCACCGGCUCCGCAGAAAGCCCCACUUGGCGGUAACUUCAGGAGGGCUCUCCCCAUCAUCCUUCGCCUGCCUCCACGGCCACUUCUGAGGCUACUUGAGGAAAAUGAUGUGACCGUCCCUCUCGGAAAGGAGCAUCGGGAACGCAGAACCUCCGUGAAGGAAGUGGCCCUGUUUCCCUCUUGUGGAAGUGACAUUCUCAAAUUCCAAAAUGCCAGCCAAGACCCCAAUUUACCUGAAAGCUGCCAAUAACAAGAAAGGAAAGAAAUUUAAAUUGAGGGACAUUCUGUCUCCUGAUAUGAUCAGCCCUCCCCUCGGAGACUUUCGCCACACCAUUCACAUCGGCAAAGAGGGCCAGCACGAUGUCUUUGGAGAUAUUUCCUUUCUCCAAGGAAACUACGAGCUUUUACCUGGAAACCAGGAGAAAGCUCACCUGGGCCAGUUCCCGGGCCAUAACGAGUUCUUCCGGGCCAACAGCACCUCCGACUCUGUGUUCACAGAAACGCCCUCCCCGGUGCUCAAAAACGCCAUCUCCCUCCCAACCAUCGGGGGGUCCCAAGCGCUCAUGUUACCCUUAUUGUCGCCCGUGACGUUUAAUUCCAAACAGGAGUCCUUCGGGCCGGCCAAGCUGCCCAGGCUUAGCUGUGAGCCUGUCAUGGAGGAAAAGGCUCCUGAGAAAAGCAGAAUGCUGGAGAACGGGACCGUCCACCGGGGAGACGUCUCCUGGGGCUCCAGUGGGUCCGCGUCGCAGUCCAGCCAGGGCAGGGACAGCCACUCGUCCAGCCUCUCCGAACAGUACCCCGACUGGCCAGCUGAGGACAUGUUCGACCACCCCACCCCGUGCGAGCUCGUCAAGGAAAAGACUAAAUCGGAGGAGUCCCUCUCUGAUCUCACGGGCUCCCUCCUCUCCCUGCAGCUGGAUCUCGGGCCCUCAUUCUUGGAUGAGGUGCUGAAUGUCAUGGAUAAAAAUAAGUAACGGGACACCUCCAGCAAUCUCUGUGGAAUGAAAGGUCUCAAACAAACAAACAAAUGAAUAAAACACUCAACAACAAUGAACCACGGUCGAAGAGAAGAGCUUCGCUGGCUAUUUGCAGUUACGUGAUGGGUUUUCUAAAGUAAUGUUCCUACAAAGUAUUUUUUUACCUUCUGUACCCCAUUUGCAAAAACAGUUAAAGAAAAAAAAAAAAAAGAGGAAGUGAGUCGGUCAGAACUCGUUUUCAGCAGGCCUGGCUGAUGCUCAGCUCACGUCUUUUGUUUGUAGACACUGAGGAACCUGGUCGGCCAGGAUGGGCACUGGCUACAAGGGGCUGCCAAAUUGCAGCGAGGACCUUGACAAUACCCUGGCAUUUUCUGAGCAACAGGAAGUGAAAAUUAAUUUAACACCUAUGCCUUUUUUCUAGACUCUUUUCUAUAUUAUGUCGUUUGGGCUCACCAUAGCAGAUUCUUCAGUGUUAAAACUUUUCUCUGCUUUCACACUUGAACAACUUUUCGGGCUUGGGGGAUUUUUCUUGUAGCUCUUAUAUAUCUCUAUAUAAUAUGUUGACUUUGUGGAAUUUUUUGACUGUUGGCGACAUGUUGGUAAGACACAAGCAAAGUGUUACUGUAACUAAGUUAUUUUUAAAGUUAAAUAUAUUUUUAUGUGCCUUUGGCUUUUUAUUGCAGAGUCUACAUUUUAUAGAUACUACAGCACAUGUCGUCAUUUGACUUGAUUCCAUUGUGGUUCCAUUGUAAGCUGCACGUGUGUAUGUUUGGAAAAGUGUAUUCAUACUUUAGCUUUAUUUUCUUUUCUCUUCACCUGUUAAACUUUUCAUAGCAGCCACCAAUGGAUCAUCAAGUGUAAAGGCGCAGGUUACUCACGACGCUUCUGCAGAGACUGUGGGCCACACCACGUAAUGUUCCUUGGAAAUAUGGGUAUUUUUGUGCAGUACAUACUUGCAUUUCAUAGGUACUUCAUACAACACAAUAAAGAGUAAAUGUUAAAACGAACUUGCAUGAUUAUAGUAAUAAACAAAAACCAAAUA